AUGACGGGUCUCGACACCGCCUCAUCGGCCAUGGAAGUGUGCCCGAACGGCGAUGAUCUCGUCAGCCCGACCCAAGAUUUGACUCUUGAAGAAGAGAGCCCGAAAUCUGCUCCUGUGGAAGUUCCGGCUCAUCGGUCCCAUGACCCUGACAAUAACAAAAAGAGAUCGGACCCCUUCCAGUUUGGAAGCCGAUAUCUCGGGACGCAGGACGACGUCUUCGAGUUCAAUGCUUGGGAUCAUGUUGAGACUGAUGAUGCUUACAAGGAAUACGCUCAAACCCAGUAUGAAAGGCAGCGCCAGGCCCCGGCCUCGGACUUUGAUAAAAUGAGGUUCAAUGCCGACCCCGCUAAGUGGUGGAACAACUUUUAUAAAAACAAUGCUGCAAAUUUCUUCAAGGACCGCAAGUGGCUUCAGCAAGAAUUUCCCAUUCUCUCUGAUGUAACACAUGCGGACGCUGGGCCGCAGGUCGUCCUUGAAGUGGGUGCUGGGGCAGGCAACACAGCGUUUCCGCUGAUUGCCCAGAACCAGAAUCCCCAUCUAAAAGUCCACGCCUGUGAUUACUCUAAGAAGGCCGUAGAGGUUAUGCGCAGCCAGGAGGCCUACAACACGGAGGUCAUGCAGGCUGACGUUUGGGACGUGACGGGUGACGAGCUUCCCCGGGACUCGGCGAGGGCUCCGUGGACGUCAUCGUAA